UAUCCACUUAUCCCUCCAAGUAGAAAUCUCACCCUCUAGCCUUACCUAAACCACUCAUUUGUUAUCCAUUCAUUCUCUUCUCUUUCUUCUUCGACGCAAGAGAGCAUGAAAUCAGAAGGGGAUGAGCUAAUAUUUUAUCCGAAAAUGCCCAGGGAGCGAGAGAAAGGAGAGUUCGAGGAUGAUGGAGGUGGUUCCGACACUAAGUCUUGAACCCUAGCCGUCACCCCAAUUCUAACAUCCAUCGUCUUGUUAAUUUAACGCCGGUGGUGCAGCGAUGCCGGCCAACAUCGAAGCAGAAACCACUCCCGCUGACACCUUUGUUUUCGAUAUGUAUUUUGGAUGUAUUAAGUCCCGCACUCCAGCCGACUUCAGAUGAGGAUUGCAUAACCAUCGGUGAUUUACUGAUUUUUUUAAUUUUUAAUUUCAAGUUUUCAAAUUAUCAAUCACUGCUAGUCCACUGUCCAUUGCAAAUUUGCAUUAUUCAGUACCCUACACUUUACUUUAGGGUACUUUUUAUUGUUAUUAUGAUUUUUUUUGAAUUGAAAUGUUAUUUGCAGGAUUUUGAGUUGUUGUUUUGGCUAUUUUGUGGCCUGCUUUUUCUAUUUACAUUCUCAAUUCGGUCUUCUCGGUCCAAAUCGGUUCGGUCCAAUUAAUAUCGGUUCGGUUCGGUCUGAACCCGACAAGUAAUAGGUCCGGUCUUCGGUCCUCUUUUUAUCUUGAUUCGGUCUUCGGUCCGGUCCGGUUCGGUCCGGUCCGGUCCGGUUCUGGACCGAUGAACAGCCCUAUUUGAAACAUUUUGGGAUUGUGGAAGUAUAACCAAACCCAAUUGCAAGUCGUAUUUUCAUAACUUACCCAAAAGCCAAAAGAUAAAGAAAAGAAUAAAAAAGGUUUUCUAGAUAUAUAUAUAUAUAUAUAUAUAUAUAUAAUGUUUUUAGAAGAGUAUAUAUAAAUUAAACGGGACAAACAGGAUGGAACGGUAUACUUGUAUGUUAUCCCGGUAAUGUCCCACUUAAAAUCGGGACAAAACGGGUUAGGGACAAAAAAAUUGAAUAAAAAAAGAUACAAUUUCAAAACGGUUCCGGCACGUUUCGGAACGGGUCAACGGGAACGGUUUUCGUGUCCACCCCUAGAAUUACUACUGUUUUUUGUAUUUUUAAAAUAUAUUCGGAAAUAAAUACGGAGUAUUAUAGAUUUAUAUAAAUUCAAUAAACCUAUAUCAUUUAUAUUUGAUGUCUAAAUGAUAUGUCUCUAAAAAAAGUCAUUUUGAUAUUCCACAUUGUAGAAUAGCAAAUAAUUUUGUUUCAUUCCGUGCAUGACAUGGGUUAAAAUAUUACUCCGUAGUUUUAUAACAAAUUUUACAUUUUUUGAGUUAGGGUAAAAGUUUUUAAAUUUCAAACAUCAUCAUAUCGUCCUCAGUUAGAUUAGAUCUAAACGGCAGUUUAAGUCAAACAAUCUCUCGGUCUCUCCAUAAAUUCAAUUCACCGAGAGAGACUGAGAGAGAGGGAGAGAGAUGGAGGUUCAGUGGCUUCUGGUGUGCCACGGACUGGUGACGCUUCUGGUGGUGGUCUCCUUUCUCUGCGGCCAAUGGCCCAUCUUCGACGGCACUUUCAUUCAACGAAUCCACGUCUUCCUCACUUCCGGCGCAUAUGAUUAUCUCCGGCGAUUAAUUGCCUCUACUUUUGGUCACAAGGGCAAUGAAGCUCUCCUCUCCUUUGAGCUUUACUGCUGCGAUCGUCCUAACCCUAUUUUACAGGUCUUCCAUUUCUUGCUUAAUUUACCCAAUUAUGAUGUCGAAAACCUGUGUUUGGAAUCCUUAUAUAUUGCAUUGGACAUUUGAUUAUGAGUUAGAUUGUUCAAUCUUUCUUGCACUGGAUACAGAACCUUUCUCUUUUUUUAAAAAAAAAAAGUUACUUUGAAUGGGAAAAAAGAGCUUCUUAUUGGGUGCAUCUUUGAACUCUGGAAUGCAGCUAAUAUAUGCGGCAAUACUUGGAAUUACUUAUUAUAUUAUUGUACAGACCACAUUCCACUACAUUCCCGGUUAUUACCUAGGUGAGGUGCACAGGUACAAAGAAACACUCCCAUUUUAUCGUCAAACUGUAUUUAUCAAUGCUCGUGUCUGUGUCUGUGUGCAUAAGUGAUAUAUAUCCGAGGUGCAUUUUCGUUUUGUAUGUGUCUGCUCGAAUCUCUAUACAUAUAAUAUGCAUUUUCAGGUAUACAAGCUUGUUGGCAGUUUCUGUGGGUGUUCUGCUCUUUCUAUUAACAAGUUUUUCUGACCCGGGAACUGUAAAGGCUGAGAAUGUAUCUCAAUAUCUCUCUGCCUAUCCGUAUGACAAUAUCAUUUUCUCAGAGAAGGAAUGUACAACUUGCAAGAUCCGAAAGCCUGCUAGAUCAAAGCACUGUAGCAUAUGUGGCCGCUGUGUUGCUCGGUUUGACCAUCACUGUGCGUGGAUGAAUAAUUGCAUCGGCGAGAGAAACACCAGAUACUUCAUGGCUUUUCUUUUCUGGCAUUUCCUACUUUGUGUCUAUGGAACUGUUGCCAUUGCCCUCGUUCUAGCUGGUCAGUUGAAAGAACAACAGGUUAUACGUAUUCUUACAGCCUAUUAUGGCAUUGAAAACUCAUUCGGGACCUUGGCUCCAUAUGUUGUACAGUGGUUGAUGGGGUCAUACGACACACAAGUACUUGUUGUAAUUUUCCUGGCUAUUAUAUCUAUGCUGCUGGCUGGAUUCCUUGCAUACCAUUCAAAACUAUGUCUCACAAAUACCACCACAAAUGAGAGUUUCAAAUGGGACGAUUAUGUGAGGUGGCAGAGAAAGGCAAACGGAGCGAAGGCAAGUGCCGUGGCUUUAAAAGCAAGUGCAGAUGGAGUUGGGCAUGAAACAAAGCAGCAUGUGAGCAAAUGGAAGAAGGCAUUGUGCUGUAGAUCUCAUUGCCUAGAGGAAAUUGAGGUUGUCAAAACUAACGUUUAUGACAAAGGGUUUUUGCAAAACUCACUUGAGAUCAUCAUUCCGCUCUCAACAAGGAAGUCUUUUCAUACUAAUAAUAAAUCCAAAUCAGGGUAGAUUUGGUGACCCUAUAAACUAAUAUUCCCUCGUCCCAUUAUUAUUUUGUUUGUUUGGGAUAGACACGAUUUUUAAUAAAAUAAAACUUGUGUGAGUAU